AUGAGUUAUAUAAAAAGCGAGCGUAGACCGUCGAUGGCGGAACGCCGCCCGUCCAACUUAUCAGGGGUCAGGCCUGCCCUGAUUGUACCACAGUUGGCUUAUCUUGAAUUACCUCCAACUUCAUCAACUCCGGAAGAAGUCGACGUUUUGAUCAUUGGUACGGGACUAGUGGAAAGUAUUUUGGCCAGCUCGCUUUCGUGGAAUGGCUCGAAUGUUUUGCAUAUCGAUUCAAAUCUGUACUAUGGUGACACUUCUGCCACUUUGACAGUGGAGCAGUUGAAGGAUUGGGUCAGAAAAGUUAACCUUCAUAAAGUGGGGUACAAAGGAUUCAAAAACGCCUCAUUAUACAUCCCAAGAAUGAAUCAACAUAAGAUCGUGUCAAAGAACUACGGGAUUGACUUGUCGCCAAAAUUCAUUUUUGCUAAGUCAGAUAUCUUGUCAUUAUUAAUCAAAUCCAAGGUUUACAAGUAUUUGGAAUUCCAAUCAUUAUCAUCAUUUCAUGUGUUUGAAAACGAUAACUUUGAGAAAUUAUCAAAUUCAAAGGAAGAAAUUUUCCUCAAUCAAUCGUUAAGUCUCAAAAUCAAGAGAAAUUUAAUGAAAUUCAUCAAGUUUGUCAUUGACUGGGAAAAUGAAAAGGAAAUCUGGGAACCAUACAAGAACGCUUCCAUAAACGAAUUCUUGACUCAAAAGUUCAAAUUAGAAGAUGCCCAAACUAACGAAAUCAUUUUUUCCUUGGGCCUUUGUACCAGUUCACAGUUAAGAACUCCUGAAGCGUUGCAAAGAAUUAAAAGAUAUUUGAUUUCUUUUGAUGUUUAUGGAAGUUUCCCAGUGCUAUAUUCAAAGUAUGGUGGUCCAGGGGAAAUCUCCCAAGGUUUCUGCAGAUCCGCCGCUGUCGCCGGUACCACUUAUAAAUUGGAAACAGAAAUCACAAAUUACGAUUUGAGUCGCAAUCUUGUCAAACUUUCAGAUAAUUCGACGAUCAAGGUGAAUGAAAAAAUUGUUAUUAGUCCAUCUCAAGUCCCAGCGAUCUUUGAUGACUUUUAUUCCAUUUAUAAAAAGAAACACGAACAGCUUGAAAUCAACAGAAUGGUGGCAAUUGUCACCAAGGAUUGCAAAGAAUGGAUCGAGGAAAAUGAAAAUGCCGGAAUUGUGGUUUUCCCUGAAGGAUCUUUACCUUCCAACAACAAAUUUGCGGUUCAAGUGGUGGUGAUGAAUUCUGGUUCCCAAAUUGUUCCAGAAGGCCAAGCGGUUUGGUAUUUAUCGACCAUUGAAACUGGCACUAAGGCAAGAGAAGAUUUGGAAAACGCUUUGAAAUUAUUAGAAGAUAGCAUCAUUAGAGAAAGUAAUAUUGAAACUAUUGUCGCCUCUGAAGAUAUUGAAUUCAAAAACGGAAUGGCCAGCAUUUCUUCAGUUAAAUUAGGUUCGAGUCUUCUAAAUUUCACCCCCACCGAAAAAUUGAAUUAUAUCUUGAAAUUAUCAUAUACGCAAAUGACCACCAUUCCUCAUUUCGGAGUGGUUAAUCCAAAGCUUUUUGAUGAUGAUGCGAAAUUGGAUGUGAAGAAUAGUACUACCUCAUCUCAAAUACAAGACACUGCUGAAGACCAACUCUAUCAAAAGUUGACUGAAAAAAUUAUCUUUGACUCGAUGCCUUCAUCAGAAUUGUCUUAUGAUGGGGUUAUUACCGAAGCUAAAGCUCUAUACGCCAAGAUCACUGGUUCAGACGAUGAUUUCUUUGAUGUUGACUUUGAAGAAGAUGAUGACGACGUUCAACACUCGGGCUCUCAGAUGAAUGGUGGAAAUACUACUUCUGAUGGUUCUUCUAAUGGGAUUAAUGCCGCUGUUGAUGACAAUAAUGAAAGCGCAAUUGUUGAAGAAGAUGAAGACGAGGAUGCGUUGUUAAUGGAAGACAUGACCACCAGCCCAAUACCAACCAAUAUGGCCAGCGAUGACAUCGGCAAAGAAACAGAUGCGGAUAUUGCUAUUGAAAGUGAAGACGAAAUGAUUAUAUAG